GGCAAAAGCUUCUAAGAAGUCACUGGAUCUUUUAGGAGAAGCUCAAGCAAUAGAGAAAAUCUGCUAGGGAUAGGAGAAUAUGAUGAAUCUCCUGAUGUUUCUGCUGUUUACCUUGCUGCUGACAGUCCCCUGCUGUUGUGAAGGAGAGAUGAACAAAGCUGUGGAUGAAGGGAUUAAAAUCAGUCAGGAAAAAGCGAAUACCUUUGUCAGAAGGCAGAAGAGAGCUUACCCAUAUUCUGAAAGGUACUAUGAAAUGUUCAAGUCCCCGAUGGAGAUGAAGCAAGAGCAGUGUGAACAUUAUGCACCCUGUGACUACUACUCUGAAAUAGUGGGAUUUCCUACAGCGUAUCGCCAUUACUUUGGAAACGUCUGAAUGUGAACAUUUCUCAUCAAACUGGGACAUCUGUAAGGACAAAGAGUGAAUGGUGUGGGCAGCUGAGGGAAAACAGGAACAGCAUAUUGUUUCUAUUUCACUAACAAGAGUUUAACAGCAAUAGUUAUGCAACAUACUCGUUUUUAAGACAAGAAAUAAGCACUUCCUGUUUUCUGAGGAGUAAGUAGUAGUAAUUUCUGCUAGUAAUAAAUUCCAAUUAAGGUAAUUGGAAGUUGAGGGCCACUUCUGGUGGCACCUUAAUGGUAAAAUUUGUAAUUGUAUAUAGAGGUGCUGUGCUAAAUGUUCUCAAGUUUCAAACUUUGAUGUGAAAAAAGGAAUUUCUGUGGGGAUGGAAGGUGUUGACAAGGGUUUUUUUCUUCUAUCAAUUCAUACUAGACAAAUACUUAUGUUUUUGUCCUGGUCACAGAAGCAUUUGUAAUAUAUAAAUAAAAAACAAAAAUUUUCAUGUUGUAUAGUGCAAGCAUUUCAAGGAAACAUAUUCUUCAACUGUAAUGGGAUUAAGCCUUAUAAUGAGGUGUCUGACUAGGAACUGAACCCACUCUUUCAGAAUAUAGAGAUGCAAAAUUAAAGGCUUGUUUUUUGUUUU